GGAGCCAGGCCCAGCGGGGGGGUUUGCUGCAGCAGUUCAUGAUGGAGUGCACGGCCCUGGAGAGCCUCAUCGAGAUGGGCUUCCCCCAGAACAGAGCAGAGAAGGCCCUGGCUCUAACAGGGAACCAGGGCAUUGAACAAGCGAUGGAUUGGCUAAUGGAACAUGAGAACGACCCUGACCUGGAUGAUCCGUACGUACCACCCCAGGGCCACGUGCUGAGCACGGAGGAGCCUCCUGAGGGAAGGACACCUGAGGCGGUGCAAGGCGAAACAGACCCCACAUUAGAGGAGUUAGUUGAGGAGGAUAACCGGCACCCCCUGAGUGAAGAAGAGAAACGGGAACAGACAAAGAGGAUGAUGGAGCUGAUUUCUCAGAAGCAGCGGGAGCGAGAGGAGCGGGAGAAACGGGAGAGCAUCGAGCGGGAGAAGCAGCGCCGAAAGCAGGGCCAGGAGCUCUCCCUCAUCCGCCAGAAGCUGCAAGAGGAUGAGAUGAAGAAGCUGGCUGAAGACCGGCGCAAGGAGAAGAUGGAGGAGAAGCUGGCAAAACAGCGGGUGCGAGAGAAGAUUGAACGAGACAAGGCUGAGAGAGCCAAGAAGUUUGGUGGCUGCAGCAGUUCUUCCCAGGCAUCCUCCCCACCCGAGCCCAUCGCCCCUGCACCGGUUCCUUCCUCGCCUAGCCAAGAACCCCCUGUCAAGCGAGAGUAUGAUCAGUGCAGAAUACAGGUGAGGCUGCUGGACGGGACGUCACUCACACAGACCUUCAGAGCCAAAGAGCAGCUGGCGGCCGUCCGGCUCUACGUGGAGCUGAAUCGCAAGGACAACGGCGAAGAGCCCUUCGUCCUCCUCACGAGCUUCCCCCGGCGCGUCUUCACUGAGGAAGACAUGGAGAAGCCCUUGCAGGAGCUGGGUCUGGUGCCUUCAGCUGUGCUGAUCGUUGCCAAGAAGGGGAACAGCUGAAAAGGGGACCCUCUUUGCACUCUCAACCUUGGUCUCGGCUCUCCUUCCUUUGCAGCUGCUGGAGGUGAAUCUCUCCUUUCCUUGUGCUCCACCUUCGGGGGCUGCC